AAUUAAAAAAAACUCUAGAAGUUUCAAACAUUCAAAAACCAUAAUGGCCCUAAUCCCAAUGCUGUUUGGUGAAUGGUGGGAUGAGUGUAUGGACAAUCCCCUCCGAUCAUCUCGAAUCAUAAGCAAACCCAUCGACUGUGACGCAUUCCCUGGUGGUUUCCUACUGGCGAUCGAUAACAGACCGCGAAGAUGUGAACGUAGAAGAUGCAGGCGCCAUUCGGGAUGCGACAAAGAUGUUGGUAAAGAGCAAUUACCAGCAAAGAAGGCUCGCGCUGAUUUUCAAAUCAAUGUGGACGUUCGUGAGUUCAAACCCGAAGAAAUCUCAGUGAAAGCAAUGGAUACAUAUGUCAUAGUUGAAGGAAAACACGAGGACAAGGACGUUGAGAAUGGGUACGCGUUGCGGCACUUUGUCCGACGCUAUCAACUGCCAGAAGGACAUGAUAAUGAGAAAAUUGUGUCAACCCUCUCAUCCGAUGGAGUGCUGACGAUCAGCGCACCGAUGAAAGCAUUAGCACUUCCCACACCGAAAAAGGAACGUACGAUACCGGUGGAACAUCCCAAGAAGUCAGAUCAAAAUGGUACGAAGGAUGAAGGAAGUGGUUUAGAUUUUACACUAGAAGACUUGGACGAGUAA